AGGGGCAAAGUUUACAUAGUUAUACUUAGUAAAGAGAAAAAUGGGUAGCAGUAUUGAACAGCAUAGUCUGCACAUUUUCUUCUUUCCCUUCUUGGCUUAUGGUCAUAUAAUACCAACAGUUGACAUGGCUAAAUUAUUUGCAGAAAAGGGUGUGAAGGCCACCAUUAUCACCACACCAGGCAACGCACCUUUUAUCUCUAAAGCCAUUGGAAAAGCAAAAACUGACAACGAGAUCCAGAUCCAAACCAUCAAGUUCUCUUCUGCAGAGGUUGGUUUACCUGAUGGCCUUGAAAUUACUGAUUCAAUCACUAACCCAUAUUUGAUUGAAAGUUUCUUUCUGGCCACCUCUUUGCUACAAGAGCCACUUGAACAACUAUUGCACGAGCAACGUCCAAAUUGCGUUGUUGCUGAUAUGUUCUUCCCAUGGGCAACUGAUUCUGCCGCCAAAUUUGGAAUUCCUAGGCUCGUCUUCCAUGGAACUAGUCUCUUUUCACUCUGUGCUACAACGUGUAUGCAACUUAUCGACCCUAACAACGAUGUUUCUUCCGAUUCUGAGUCACUCACCAUUCCUAAUCUUCCGGGUGAGAUUAAAAUAGCAAGGACGUCGUUGAGAUCUUAUGGCACGGGUGACCGAACGACCAUGAUCAAAUUGUUGAGGGAAGCAAACGAAUCAGAGUUGAGAAGCCAUGGGGUUGUUGUUAAUACCUUCUACGCACUCGAGAAGGAUUAUGCGGAUCUUUACAGCAAGGUGCUUGGAAGAAAAGCAUGGCAUAUUGGUCCCUUAUCUCUUUGCAACAGGGACGUCGAAGAAAAGGCGCACAGAGGAAAGGAGGCGUCUGUGCAUGAAUACGAGUGUCUAAAAUGGCUUGACACAAAGAAACCCAACUCAGUUGUUUAAGAAUGCUUUGGAAGAACAACACUGUUAUCUGAUUCUCGACUUAGAGAGAUUGCUAUUGGUCUCGAGGCUUCAGGGCAACCAUUCAUAUGGGUGGUGAGGAAAAGCAAAGAAGAUGAAGUUGAAUGGCUACCUGAUGGAUUUGAGAGAAGGAUGAAAGGGAAGGGAAUAAUCAUAAGAGGGUGGGCACCUCAAGUGUUAAUUCUUGAACACAAGGCAACGGGAGCAUUUGUGACCCAUUGUGGAUGGAAUUCAACCUUGGAAUCAGUGACUGCUGGGGUUCCCAUGAUAACAUGGCCAAUUUAUGCCGACCAAUUUUUCAAUGAGAAAUUGGUAACAGAAGUCCUUAAAAUUGGGGUACCUGUCGGUGCCAAAAAGUGGAAUGGAUUAGAAGGAGAUAGUGUUUCAUGGGAUGCGUUGGAGAAGGCAGUGAAGAGCAUAAUGACUGGGGAAGCAGCCAUUGUAAUGAGGAACAGCGCAAAGAACCUCUCGAAGCAGGCUAGGCUUGCCAUGGAAGAAGGAGGAUCCUCUGACUCUGAUUUGAUAGCUUUAAUUGAAGAAUUAAGUUCGAUGACUUUCUGACUUACCCGCCGUCACUGCAAGAUGCAUUGAUGAUCUAGACUAUCUAUUAAAGCAGGUUAUUGUUUUCAAAAUAAAUUUACUCUUAAGAACAUUAUGCAUAUGGUUUACUAG